CAGGCAGCUCGGGUAAUAGAGGCUGGAGCCACUGUUUGGCUCCGUUGGAUUCUUUCCCGCUGUAGAGGGCAGCUGAGCCCCAGCCCUGCAGGCCCCUUCCCGCGCCACCCACCCGCCUACUCUGCAGCCUUGGUGGACGCCUCGUCCUCUGCUGCACAUCCAAAGGAUGGCCUACAGCUGCCCAGAUAAGAAGGGGCUGGGCACCCAAACCCAUGUUUGGGAGAAGCAGAAGAUUCAGCCCCAGAGGAAAGAUUGUCUGUCGCUAUUGGAGAGGCCCCCGAUGGUCUGGAACUCUGUGUUCUAGCCCACUUCGUUCCUGCCUCUGUGGCCUUAGGCAGGCUUCUCCCCCGUGUGUGCCUCAGUUUCCCCCGCUGUACCAAGAGUGGCUGUUAUAUUGGUAUCGGGGCCUUUCCAUUUCCGUAUUCCCGAGGCCUGCUGGUCUGAGGAUCAGCCGCCAGGGGGCGUAGCGAGCUCAGGCUCUGCUAUCGCCCCGCCCCCUCCAGACUUCUGGCCUCGGACUCAGCUGUUGCUACAGACCUGCAGGCAAGGCCCCACCCUGCCUUGUCCCCGACCAUGGCUCACCGCUUCCCUGCUGAAGAUGACUGUCCCCUUCCCGCAGUCGCAACCCGUGGUGCUUCUCUCUCCAUUGCCCUCCCCACCUCAGCCUUACGGGCACCUGGUGGGGGUAAAGGAUGGCUUCUGAGUCACCGCGCCUCCAGCCUCAGCAUGUUGUGGGCUUGGGAAGCUCGUAGUUUGCUGGCGAUAGGGCAGGGAGGAUGAAAAGGCCCUUCUUCAUUAACGAUGGGACCAUGUUUCUGGCGCCCCCCAUCCCCAGCCCCCCCUUCAGCCUGGGUGUCUAGGGAUGGACAGUCUGGGUGAGCUCUGGCCCAAUCCAUCAGGAUCUUAAUGCUGGGAUUCUGAGAAUCCUAGCCUGUGCUCCCGAGGAGCUUGAGGCUGGGGUCCAGGAGCUCGGGGUGCUAGGGGAUGCAGCCCCAUCAGGGGCACAGACACGCGUAGGGCAUCUGGCACCAGGUGCACUCCUACAGCAGCAAGUACACACAGCCUGAUGCCAGCCCCUGGCCAAGCCAGCAGCUUGACGUGCAUGGUCUGCUCAAGCUGGCAGGUCCUAGUGGGUGGCCAUGAGCAGCCACGGGGGGACAAGUCGCAGUAGGUGAGGCUGAGAUAAGGUGGACCUAGGUGAGGUCCAUCAGCCAGUGGCGCACAGCGAGCGCCGUUGCGGCCUGUAGUUCCCAGGCGCCGCCGCUGACAUUGUGGGGCGGUGGCAGUGCCUCGACACCGUGGGCCAGCUUGUCGUGGUAGAGCACCGCGUCAUCAGCCGGCUUUCGGCUCAGCAUGUGGAGCUGUGCUGGCCCAGGUCCACCGCGGCACAGCCCCUCCGCCACCAUCCAGAGGGGUCAUAGGAGGUGCCAGCAGGUGCAGUGGCAGCUCUGGGCACACAUGCUUGGGCUUGGGCACGUACUGGUCAUCGCCAGAGGCCAAGACAGGCUAUAGGGCCGAGGGCCCGUCGCGGACAAGCUGCACUUACACACCCUGCAGAGCCUGGGUCUCUGGGGACCACUCCCAAGGCCCAUCAUCUGUCAUCUACGUUGGGUGCAGGGUUCAAGGCCACAGUCACCAGGAGCAGCAGUUGGAGCAAGGGAAGAGGGGUGCCUGGGGCCCGCUGGGACUCGGGCCAUAGCGAGGCGCCCUUCCUGCCUUCCCCACAGGUGGUCUCCCUGGUUGCCACCAUCCUCCCUCCUCCUCUGCUAUCAUAUCAGCAGCUCAGCCUUGCUGCUGCUGGGAGCUCUGCCCUAGUACUGCCCCUGCCCAUCCAGAGCUUAGCCUCCAACAAGGAGGGACAUGGUGGGCUGGGGGCUCCCAAGCGGAGGGAGGACGGUGUGUCAGGGACCUCGGGGCUUUCAGGAUCCAGGCCUGCCACAUUUGUGAGUCCAGGCUUCUGGGAAUCUAACAGUGCAUUACUUUCACACAGGGUGGUUGUGGACCCCUAAAUUCUUAAAUCCCACCACACCAAGUCUGGAUCCUACAAUUCUGCUCUUCAGAGAUCACACGAUUCUACGAUUCUAAUUCCUUAAUUCAAUUUUGAUAGCUCUGAAUUCAGGUUUGGAGAAUCUAGGUAUGAUCCCUAAUAUCUUCAAUUCAGUGAGUCUCUGCUUCCAGAAAUUGGGGGAUGCGCUGCAUCUGGGAUGGGUGACAUGAGGCUUCAGAGGUGCCUGAGCACUGGUGAAAAUCCCAGGGCCCGUGGGAAGCCAGUUCUGAAGAGUCUCUUCCCGGCUCCUCAGGCCUCGGUUACAAGUCCUGUCUUCAUCAGCGUCCCCUCAGACUGUUUUCUCUCCCCUUUCACAGACUUCUUGACAUUCGCCCCACCCUCCCAGCUUCUAGAAAGACACCACACAGUGCCUACCAGCUCUCCUCUCCCUUAAUUCAUUACAGACAGCAUCCUGGCCCCACUACACUUGUCUAGUUUUCAACAACCACCUUGUUGCUGAAUCCAAUGUACCUCACACCCCGGGUGCUGGCCUCUAACCCUCUGGAAGCAUGUGGCCAUGUGGCCCACUCCUCCAAGAGGUCCAGACCAGAACCCCAUGACUGAAUGAUACAGCCAUUCACCGAGACCUAGUAACCUCUUCGGCUGUUGCCUGGACAAGAGGCUCCUAGUGGCUCACUCAUUAAAUCGCUCCCCUUCUAUUCAUCCUUUCAACCCCAGGCCGUAAUAAACUAAUUACACAAUAAAUGGGCAGGUCCUGUCCCUGCUCUAGAACCUCCUCUAGUUCCCCAUUCCCCUCAGGCUAAAGCCAGACUCUUUGGACAGGCACAUAAACCCUGCAGGCUUCGGGCAGACUGAACCCCUAGAACAAUCUUAGGGAAACUGAUGGGUCUCAGGAUUCUCCGGGGCCAGGAAGAGUAGUUCUAUCUGAAGUCUGCAGCAAAGGGGCUCCUGGAUUCCUAGCAUAGGACACCCCACUCAAGACUAGGAGUCCCGGGACUUCCCUGAUGGUCCAGUGAUUAAGACCCCGCGCUUCCAGUGCAGGGGGUGGUCGGGGAACUAAGAUCCCACAUGCCACACAGCGUGGCCAAAAAACCCACAAAAGACUAGGGGUCCUUUCUGAGCUUCGGUUGGAGCCCUUCUUGGAGCAGGGAGCAGAGACGAUGGGGAAGCAGGACCACAGGAGGUGAGAGGGCCAGGAAUGGACUGGGCCCUGGGCACAGAGGGGUUAACUACAAAGCGAGAAUCUCAGAGAGCGAGAUCAAUGGGUUACUCGCUGCAGAAAGAGGCAGAAGCAACGCAGAGAGGCAGAGGAGAGCCGGACAGAAGAGCAUGCCAUCCGGGGGAAAUCAGGGAAUGAGGAGGAAGUGGCUACUUCUUCGGAAGGAGUGCCCAAGUCCAGCUCAGCAGAGGAAGGCCAAGGAGAGGAGGGAGCCUUGGGAGGCAGACCUGUACCUGCAGGUGCCUGUCUGAUGAGGAGAUGGCUGAUGCCCAGAACGUUUCGCUGGACAGCCCAGGGAGUAUGGGGGCUGUGGCAGUGCCCGUGGUCUUUGCCCUCAUCUUCCUGCUGGGCACAGUGGGCAAUGGGCUGGUGCUGGCAGUGCUGCUGCAGCCCGGCCUGGGCACCUGGCAGGAGCCGGGCAGCACUACGGAUCUGUUCAUCCUCAACCUGGCAGUGGCCGAUCUCUGCUUCAUCCUGUGCUGCGUGCCUUUCCAGGCCGCCAUCUACACGCUCGACGCCUGGCUUUUUGGGGCCCUCGUUUGUAAGGCUGUGCACCUGCUCAUCUACCUCACCAUGUACGCCAGCAGCUUCACGCUGGCGGCUGUCUCGGUGGACAGGUACCUGGCCGUACGGCACCCGCUGCGCUCGCGGGCCCUGCGCACGCCGCGCAACGCCCGCGCCGCCGUGGGUCUGGUCUGGCUGCUGGCGGCGCUCUUCUCGGCGCCCUACCUCAGCUACUACGGCACCGUGCGCUACGGCGCGCUCGAGCUCUGCGUGCCCGCCUGGGAGGACGCGCGCCGCCGCGCCCUCGACGUGGCCACCUUCGCCGCCGGCUACCUGCUGCCCGUGGCCGUGGUGAGCCUGGCCUACGGACGCACGCUGCGCUUCCUGUGGGCGGCCGUCGGUCCCGCCGGCGCGGCGGCGGCCGAGGCCCGGCGCAGAACCACGGGCCGCGCGGGGCGCGCCAUGCUGGCGGUGGCAGCGCUCUACGCCCUCUGCUGGGGCCCACACCACGCGCUCAUCCUCUGCUUCUGGUACGGCCGCUUCGCCUUCAGCCCGGCCACCUACGCCUGCCGCCUGGCUUCGCACUGCCUCGCCUACGCCAACUCCUGCCUCAACCCACUGGUCUACGCGCUCGCCUCGCGCCACUUCCGCGCGCGCCUCCGCCGCCUGUGGCCCUGCGGCCGCCGCCGCCCCCGCUGCCCCCCGGGCGCCCGCCGCGCCCUCCGUCGCGUCCGGCCGGCGUCCCCAGGCCCUGCCGGCUGCCUCGGGGACGCUAGGCCUCGCGGGCAGCUGCCGACGGGCGGCGGCUGGGGCGGGGAGCCGGGUCGGGAACCGGUCCGCGGCACAGAGGCUGGCCGGGCCCUGCCUGCCCGAGGACCGGAAUAA